AUGGCCGCCAUCUCACUCUCUCUCUCUCCAAACCCUAGCUUCACAACCACCACCACCCACAAGCCCUCCCACCCCCUCUCUACCCCCACCUUUCUCAAAUUCCCAACCGUAUCCCCAUCCACCAUCAAAUCCCUCACCCACGCGCCCCUACUCCAAACCCCAACCCUACGCGCCACCUUCUCCACACGUGCCGCCGCAUCCACAACCCCAUCCACCACAUUCCACGGCCUCUGCUACGUCCUCAACGAUAACAUCGACACCGAUCAGAUCAUCCCCGCCGAGUACCUGACCCUAGUCCCCUCCAACCCCUCCGAGUACGAGAAGCUCGGAUCCUACGCGCUCUGCGGUCUCCCGGACGCCUACUCCACGCGCUUCGUGGACCCGGAUGAGACCAAGUCCAAGUACUCGAUCAUAAUCGCGGGCGCAAACUUCGGGUGCGGGUCAUCGCGCGAGCACGCGCCAGUGGCCCUAGGGGCGGCGGGCGUUGCUGCGGUAGUGGCGGAGUCCUACGCGCGCAUCUUCUUCAGGAACUCGGUGGCGACUGGCGAGGUGUACCCGCUGGAGUCGGAGGUUAGGGUUUGCGAGGAGUGCAAGACUGGAGAUGUGGUGAGCAUCGAGCUGAGCGAGAGCCGUCUGAUCAAUCACACGACUGGGAAAGAGUACACGUUGAAGCCCAUUGGGGAUGCGGGCCCUGUUAUUAAGGCUGGUGGGAUUUUUGCAUAUGCUAGAGAAGCUGGAAUGAUUCCCACCUUGACUUCUUCAUAG